UUGGCUCCUCGGAACCUUGGUCUCGCCACGGGGGCCAAUUCCCGCGUUGAGAACUCGCGCUGCGGCUGCAGGAAGGCCGCCCAGCUGAGGUGCGUCAGGGCAGCGGCGUCUGAGGUGACGGGACGAGCAGCGAGGAGAAGAUAACCGACCUGAGGUGGCGACUGGGUGACAUGAGAAAUGAAACCAACAGGUACAGACCCAAGGAUACUAUCUCUAGCAGCAGAAGUUGCAAAAAGUCCUGAGCAGAAUGUUCCCAUUAUACUGUUGAAGUUAAAAGAAAUAAUAAACAACACACCAUUAGGAAGCUCAGAACUGAAGAAAAUCAAACAAGAUAUAUAUUGUUAUGACCUCAUUCAAUAUUGCCUCUUGGUCCUCAGUCAAGAUUGUUCUCGAAUCCAGGGUGGUUGGACAACAAUUUCCCAACUUACACAGAUUUUAAGCCAUUGCUGUGUGGGUCUGGAGCCAGGAGAAGAUGCAGAGGAAUUUUACAAUGAAUUACUUCCAUCAGCUGCAGAAAAUUUUCUGAUUUUGGGGAGGCGAUUGCAGACAUACUUUAUCAAUGCAGCUAAGGGUGAAGAAAAAGAUGAAUUACUACACUUUUUCCAAGUUGUAUCUGACUCUCUCUUCUGGUUACUGGGAGGCCAUGCUCAACUAAUCCAAAAUGUACUACAAAGUGAUCAUUUCUUGCACUUACUGCAAACUGACAGUGUUCAAAUAGGAUCUACAGUCAUGACUACCCUUCAGAACAUUCUGCAGCUUAAAAGUGGUGAUUUACUCAGAAUAGAAGGAAAAAUCCUGCAUUCAAUUUUAGAUGAAAUUGUUUUCAAACUUUUAUCAACUCCUAGUCCAGCCAUAAGAAGUACUGCUACAAAACUCCUACUGUUGAUGGCUGAAUCCCAUCAGGAAAUUUUGAUUUUAUUGAGACUGAGUGCCUGCUACAAAGGACUCAGACGUCUACUAAAUAAACAGGAGCCUGGGACAGAGUUUAGUCAAGAACUAAGACAGCUCAUUGACCUUUUAAGUCCUAAAGGCUAUCAGGAAGUAGAAGAGCAGACACUACAUCAAGCAGCUUGCUUGAUUCAAGCUUAUUGGAAGGGUUUCCAAACUAGAAAAAGAUUAAAGAAGCUUCCAUCUGCUGUGAUUACUUUGCAGAGGAGUUUCAGAGCUAAACAAGCAAAGCUGUUACUGAAUCGAAAUAGGCAGAAAGAAGAAAAAGAAUGCAGAUUACAAUUGCAACUUCAAAGACAGAGAGCUAUGAGACUUUCCAGAGAAUUACGCCUGAAUAUGCUUGAAAUAGUUCAUCCAGGUCAAGUGGAAAAGCAUAAUCAAGAAUUAGAAGAUAAAUCUGCAUUGAUUAUCCAAAAAUAUUGGAGAGGGUACAGAGAAAGGAAAAAAUUUCACCAACGGAGACUAUCUCUCAUGGAACAUAAAGCAGCUGUCAUACUUCAAAGAGCAACUCUUAAAUUUCUAGAAAAGUGCCGUAAGAAAAAGAAAACAUUUGUUCUUUGGCAAGGACUCCCAGAACUCACAGAUGCACGCAGAAUUGAACUAAAGAAACAAGUGGAUGACUAUAUCGGAAUACAUCCAAGCACUCAAAUGUCAGAUGUGACCAGCAGGGAGCUUCAUUCCCAAGCUCAAGAACGCUUACAACACUACUUUAUGGGCAGGGCCCUAGAAGAAAGAGCCCAUCAGCACAGGGAGGCUCUGAUGGCUCAGAUCAACACCAACAUUGAACAGCUAAUGAAAGCACCAAAUCUGAAGGAGGCAGAUGAGAAAGAACCUGAGCUCUUCCUUAGCCGAUCCAGGCCUGUGGCAACCAAGGCAAAACAGGCCCAUCUCACCACCCUGAAGCAUAUACAAGCACCCUGGUGGAAAAAACUAGGGGAAGAAGCAGAAGAUGAGAUUGCUGUCCCAAAGGAUGAGCUUAGUGUAGAGUUAGAAACAUUGUUCAUUGGCGGAACCAAAUCCCCAUAGGGACUUAACCCUAAGAAUUGGCACAAAUACUGUUUCAGAUUACAUUGGUUCUGUCUCUAGCAAGCUAGUAGACUAGAGCUACCCUGACUCAUAGUUUUCUUAGUUUCCUCUCCAAAUAAAAGUUACCAGGCAGUAAGUAAUCUUCUGCUUCUGCCUUAAUUCUCAUUUUUCUUUUCUCCAUAUAUUUAUCCUCACCAUACAAAAAUUGGUGUGGCUUUUGUGAAGUUAAUCUCAGUCUCACAUUCUACUGCUUGCAUAAAAUGUGAUGUUUCUUUUGUUUGUACUGGUUUCCAACUAAAAUUGUUUUCUAAAUAAAUAUUUUCAAGAGUUGUUUUGAAAAA